UUCUGGAUUAAAACAUGAAGCUCGGGAGUUUGUUUGGGUUUGUUAUGUGUCUUGGUGUUGUGUGGAACUGGCCACAGAGCAGCGCAGAAAUCUGUCCGAGUAAGGACAUCAGGAACAACGUGACUAACCUGCACUCUCUAGAGAACUGCACGGUGAUUGAGGGCCACCUGAAGAUCCUGCUGAUGUUUCACACGAAAGCCGAGGACUUUCGGGGUCUGAGCUUCCCCAAGCUGACGGUGGUGACUGAUUACCUGCUGCUGUUCCGCGUGUACGGUCUAGAGAGCCUGAGUGACCUGUUCCCCAACCUCACUGUCGUCCGGGGGAACAACCUGUUCUUCAACUACGCCCUGGUCAUCUUCGAGAUGCUGCAACUGAAAGAGAUCGGACUGCACAGUCUGAUGAACAUCACACGCGGCGCCGUGCGGCUGGAGAAGAACCCGGACCUGUGUUACCUCUCCACGCUCGACUGGUCCCAGAUCCUCGACUCGGUGGAAGACAACUACAUUGUGGCCAAUAAGAACGAGGGAGAGUGCGGAGACGUGUGUCCGGGCAUGGCCAAGGGCAAAACCAUCUGUCCUCAGACCACCAUCAAUGGUCAGUUCGGGGCACGCUGCUGGACACAGCGACACUGCCAGCAAAUGUGUCCGUCAGUGUGUAAGGCGAGGGCGUGUACGCUGGACGGGCAGUGCUGUCACUCUGAGUGUUUGGGAGGAUGUGUGAAGCCGGACUCGGCAGCCGAGUGUGUGGCGUGUCGUCACUUCCUGCACGCGGGGGUGUGUGUGGAGGCCUGCCCCUCUGGCUCCCUCUCCUUUAAGGGGUGGCGGUGCAUCAGCCCCGCCUAUUGCCAUGCCCUUCACACGCAGUGCACUCGCAACACACAGGACAAAGACUGUAAUUCCUAUGUGAUCCACCAGGGGGCGUGUGUUCCUGAGUGUCCCUCAGGGUACACCACCGUCAACUCCACAACGCUGACGUGUACACCGUGUGCAGGAAUGUGUCCUAAAGUGUGUGUGGGGGAGAAGACCGUGGACUCUGUGACGGCGGCUCAGGCACUGCGGGGCUGCACACUGCUCAACGGCAGCCUGACCAUCAACAUCCGAGGAGGAAAUAACAUCGCAGCAGAACUGGAAGCUAAUCUGGGUCAGCUGGAAGAAAUCACAGGAUACUUGAUGGUGCGUCGCUCCUACGCUCUCGUCUCUCUGUCGUUCCUCAGGAAACUCAGACUGAUCCGCGGAGAGAUUCAGGAAAGGGGGAAUUACACGUUCUUCGCUCUGGACAAUCAGAACCUGCGUCAGCUGUGGGACUGGUCCAAGCACAACAUCAGCAUCCUGCAGGGUCGCAUGUUCUUCCACCACAACUCCAAACUGUGUCUGAGUGAGAUCCGCAGGAUGGAGGAGGUGACCGGGACGAGAGAGAGACAGCCCAAGAACGACAUCGGCUUUAAGACCAACGGAGACCAGGCGUCAUGUGAAUACCGGGUGUUGAGGUUCACGAUGAUCCGGACUCUGGCAGAUAAAAUCGUUAUUAAAUGGGAGCCGUUCUGGCCGCCGGACUUCAGGGACCUGCUGGGCUUCAUGGUUCUGUAUAAAGAAGCGCCGUACAGGAACGUGACGGAGUUUGACGGGCGGGAUGCGUGCGGCUCUCACAGCUGGGUGAUUGCAGAUGUGGAUCCUCCUCAGCGCUACAGCGAUGGCCGACAGCAACAGGAACCCGGAUUUCUCAUUGUGGCCUUAAAGCCCUGGACUCAGUACGCCAUCAUGGUUAAAGCCCAGCUCUCCACCUCUGACGAGCACCAAGUCCAGGGGGCCAAGAGCCCGAUAAUCUACGUCCGCACCAACGCCACCAAGCCGUCUGUGCCGCUGGACCCCAUCUCGUCCUCCAACUCCUCCUCUCAGAUCAUCCUGAAGUGGAAACCUCCCAACGACCCCAACGGCAACAUCACACACUACAUAGUGUCCUGCCUUCAGCAGCCUGAGGCCAGCGAGCUCUACAAGUUUGACUACUGCCAGAAAGGCAUGAAACUGCCGUCUCGAGCCCCCACACAGGUGGACAGUAAGGAGGGACAGAAGUGGAAUCAAACGGAGGAGUCGGGACAGAAUGAGCUCUGCUGCCCGUGUCCUAAAACCGAGAAACAGCUGAAGAAAGAAUCGGAGGAGAGCGAGUACCGCAAAACCUUUGAGAAUUACCUGCACAAUGAAGUCUUUCGCAUCAGGCCGUCCCGGCAGCGCAGAUCCCUCGUGGGUGUGGCCAACAGCACAAUCUCCACCUCCCUGACCACGCCCACCACCCUGCCCAGCCUGAGUCCGGAGGAGGAGGCGGAGUCAAAUAAGAUUAUUCAGUCUGUCUAUGGUAAGGAGACGACGGUGAUCUCCAACCUGAAACACUUUACCAGCUACCAGAUCGAGAUUCACGCCUGCAACAACCAGCCAGGCGACCCCGAGCGCUGCAGCAUGGCCGCCUACGUCAGCGCUCGCACCCUGCCCGAGGAUCACGCUGAUGAUAUCCUCGGAAAGAUCGUUUUUAAUGUAGUUGAAUAUUCAGUGCACAUCAAGUGGGCGGAGCCAAAAGCCCCGAAUGGCAUGAUCAUCCUGUACGAGGUGAACUACAAGAGACUGGGAGAUACAGAGGAGAUGAGUCACUGUGUGUCCAGGAAGCACUACAUCAGUGACGGUGGCUGCAAGUUGAGAGUGGUGCAUCCUGGGAAUUACACCGUACGAAUCCGAGCCACAUCACUGGCAGAAAAUGGGUCCUGGACGGAACCUGAGUACUUCUACAUCAAAGAUCUCCGUGUGGAUCCGUCCAACAUGAUAAAGAUUAUCGUGGUCCCGUUGGUGUGUGUGGUGCUGGUGGUGCUGAUGGCGAUGGCUGGAUUCGUCAUGUUCAGAAAGAAGCAAGCAGAAGGACCAACUGGACGUCUGUACACUUCACCAAACCCAGAAUAUCUCAGUCCAGAUGAAAUGUACGAGCCGGAUGAGUGGGAGGUGGCGCGGGAGAAGAUCACCCUGCUGCGAGAGCUGGGUCAGGGCUCGUUCGGGAUGGUGUACGAGGGCGUGGCCCAUGAUGUGGUUAAGGGCGAGGCUGAGACGUGCGUUGCCGUGAAGACAGUUAACGAGGCAGCCAGUCUCCGGGAGAGGAUCGAGUUCCUGAAUGAGGCCUCCGUCAUGAAGUCUUUCAGCUGUCACCAUGUGGUGAGGCUGCUGGGUGUGGUCUCUAAAGGCCAGCCCACUCUGGUGGUGAUGGAGCUGAUGACACACGGAGAUCUGAAGAGCUACCUGCGCCGUCUCCGCCCUGACUCUGAGAAUAACCCGGGCCGUCCCCCCCCCACACUGAGGGAGAUGAUGCAGAUGGCAGCAGAGAUCGCAGACGGAAUGGCUUAUCUCAACGCUAAGAAAUUUGUGCACAGGGACCUGGCGGCCAGAAACUGCAUGGUGUCCGAAGAUUACACCGUCAAAAUUGGCGACUUUGGGAUGACGAGGGACAUCUAUGAGACUGAUUAUUACAGGAAGGGAGGUAAAGGACUGCUUCCUGUCAGAUGGAUGGCACCCGAGUCUCUGAAGGACGGGGUGUUUAAUGCACACUCAGACUGCUGGUCAUUUGGCGUGGUCCUGUGGGAGAUUAGCACGCUAGCCGAGCAGCCAUAUCAGGGUCUGUCUAAUGAGCAGGUGCUGAAGUUUGUGAUGGACGGAGGAUUUCUGGAGCGGCCGGAUAACUGCCCUGACAGACUUCACAGUCUGAUGCAGAUGUGUUGGCACUACAACCCGAAGCUGCGUCCUGCAUUUCAGGAGAUCAUCGAGAUGUUGAGAGACGAGCUCCAUCCCUCCUUCACUGAUCUGUCAUUCUUCUACAGCGAAGAGAACAGGAUCCGAGCGCGGGACAGCGACGAUUUCGACAUGGACCUGGAGAACAUGGAGAGCAUCCCUCUCUCCUCCUACUCCCCCGGGGACGAGGGGACAUAUGAAGGACUCAUCCCCUACACACACAUGAACGGGGGAAAGAAAAACGGACGUGUUCUCUCACUCCCUCGAUCCAGCCCCUCUUAAUGCAUCAUCAGCACCCCAAUGCCCUGCCCCCUUUCCCCCUAAUGUAACGAGCUAGGAUAGAUUUAUUUUUCUUCUUCACUGGUUUUUAUAGAACCAGUUUUUAUCACUUCCUGUUUUUUCCUGUUUUGGACCUGCCCAUUUCUGGACUUUAAGGCUGCGUGCCAAACACUUGCUAAACUAGCGGUUAGCAAACGAACUAACAUUCUACAUGAACCAGCAUUUAGCUAAAGAGGACAAAGGGAUGCUAAACACAUGACUUUUAGCUACCUAGAUAGCUUUUUUUAUUGACAGGCAUGUCUGGGUUAAAAAGGGCGGGGCUUAAGUUAAAUAUAAUCAGUUUAAAUACAAACAUGAUUGACCUUUCGUUUAAAUUAUUCCGCUUGAUGUAGCUAAUGGUAAAAUAUAUAAUUGUUUAGCUAAGCUAACAUUAGCUAAGCUAGCCAGCCACACCAGCAUUAUACAGCUAAGUUGCUAGCGUCACUUAUCCAGCAGUAGAUACCUGCAGUUAUGUGGCUAGCCUAGCUUACCUGCAAGAUGAACUGCCAUGUUGAGGUCACAUGAUCAGGUUUGUUAUUGGCUGAGAAAGUUUUAUCUUAAGCUCCGCCCUGGAAUGCCUGUCAGUCAGCAAAACCAGGAAGUAUCAACACUCUGUUUCAGAUAAUGUAGCUAAUGAUAUCUUUUAUCACUACACACUAAAGUGCAGUGCAUUAUGGGUAACAUGCACACGUAAAUGAACUAGUUGUGUUAGAAUGUCUUUGGGGUGGAGCCUGAAAGUGACCAUCGGUGUAAUGCGCAUGAUCUGGAGCGUUUGUGGGCGGAGCAAUGAUGUUCCUGUGCCCACGUGCCACAUGUGUGACGCUGCUCGUGUUUGUGUACGUACAGAAGCUGCACUCAUCUUUUUAUAUCCAUCCGAGAGGACACUGAGUGUGCCAUGCCCCAAACACAAUCAAACUGUGAACAAACUGUGGACCUCCACCAAUCAGGAGGCUGCUUCAGUUCGCUCUGUCUCUCCACAGAGAAAUGAGAGACAGAGAGAUUGGAGCAGGUGCGUGGAGGGGUGUGGUCAGAGGACGAUUAAAGUGACCUUAUUGUGUGUUUGUCUAAAAACCUCCCUGCUCACAGUGACAUCUGUCUUUCUAUCUAUCUGUCUAUCUCUCUGUGCAAAACCUUGCAUCCCCCUUUAAAUGAAGAACAGUUACACCAGACGUUCAGUUCCUUCACUCUCACAUGGAUCAUAUUCAGUGAUAAAAAGGAAAUAUAACUUCAAACAUUUACAUACCACUUGUUUCCUCCUGAUUGACUUGCCCCUUGACUCUGGCCAGUUGACUCCACCCCUUGAGUCUGCCCGUUUGCUUGGUCAGUCCAAUCUUUAUUUUCAGACUAUUUUUUCUGUUAAUUUAGAAUUUGUUUCUUGUCAUUGACUUGCAGGGGAAUAUUUUGGUGGAUAAAUCAUAAACCAGUGCUGCAGUUCUCUUUCCCGCCAGAAAAAAAUGAAGGAUGCAAACUUUUGCAUGUCUGUGUGUUUCACUCUUUCUUUGUGCUUUUUAUUUUUAAAAUAUUUAUCCCCCCCAUCUUGCUCUCUAUCCGCCUUUGAUCUCUCUCUCUCUCUCGUGUGUAUGUGUAUAUAUAUGUGUGUGUGUGUGUGUCUGUUUUUCCUGUCUUUCUUUUUCUAGUUCUCUCUUUCUCCAUCUCCUAGCAGUUCAGUAUUGUUGUCCACCCCGGUGAUGGUUGGAUGGAUGUGUGUAAACUGUAUUUAUGUUUUUCUUUAUUAUCUGUGUUAAAGCUGAAGGACACUAUACAUCUGUUUAUCACUAAAACGUACACACAUUCUUACUGACCUCAGAGCCUUGCCAUUACAUCAUUAAAUGGGGGCAUGUCCUUACGCUGGGAUGCAUUACCAUGACAACAACUGAGAGAAGAUUUUACUAUUCAAAGCUGAAUCCUUCAGCUCUCACACACGUCAGACGACAGACUAGUGAGCGUAGCUGCUCAGAGUUAGCUCUCUUAGUAUUAGCAUUAGCAACAUAUUCAGUGUGUAGUCACUGCCAGUUAAGUGGUUGCUUGCCUCAGACCCCUGAUUCACAGUUUUGAGUUUAUUUAUAUUUUUAAUGACAGUUAUAUAAGCUUGUUGUUUUCAAUUGUUGCUAUGGUGAUGAAGCACUGAUGUCUCAUCUAGAUUAAAGGAACAGUUCAGCCAAAAUUGAAAUGUACAGAAUGUUAAGGUGAGAGAGUGAGAGAGUGAGUGAGAGAGUGAGUGAGUGAGAGAGAGAGCAGACAGAUCUGACCGGUAGGUGCUGCUUUGAUCAAUAUUUUAUUGGGUUAUGGAUGAGAUGCAUUGUUUUGCAUCUCUAAUCUUUAUUAUUAUUAUUGUUCUCUUUUUCUAAUCCAGAAAUCCUACUAAUCUUCCUCUUGCCCACGUGUUGUAGAUGCCUGAGCUUCCAGGCAUUAAUACAUUUCUGCUGUUAAUAAAAGCAGUGAGGUGCAUUCAAGACGA